ACCUUUAAAAGGAACGCCCCCAGUUAGUUCGUGAAGAAAAAUGGCCCUUAUUUUAGGUCGGCUUGGUUGUCAGUUUUCUUGAUUUGUUUGGCCCUAUCCAGUCUCUGUGUACACCUUCAGAAGAAUAUUUUAUCUCACUCAUCAACGCUCAUUCAUGCCUCGUUAGAAAAUGCCAUCAGAUAGUGAAAAUGAAUCUUCAAGUCUGAAGGCGCGUCUUAAGGCCAAAUUAAAGGAAGCUGGUGUCGUCAACUCAGAUAGCAGUGAUGAUGAGGACAAAUCUAAGAAGAAGAAAUUAGGACUCAAAUCCGGUACCUCUGCAAUACCAGGAACACUUCCUCAAAAUGGUCAAGGUGGGAGCCGUGUGAAAAAAAAUAAAAAACCAAUUGCAAAUGGAAUUGAUAAACCUGCCUUAAGUUCAGAUGAUGAAGAAGAUGUAAUUACUUCUAAGUGUCGUAAACCGAAGCCAUUAGAAAGUGAUGAAUCUGAAUCUGAUGAAUCAACAGUGUUAAGUGCUCGAGCAUCUUCUAAAAAGAGAUCCAAUGUGUUGUCUAGCUCUGAGGAUGAUGGUCCUGGUGAUUCAGCAAGCUCAGGAUCAGAUGCUUCUGGUGAUGAAUCAGAAGGUGAUGAUGUCAAUAGUGAUGAGAGUGAAGACGAUGAUUCUGACGCCUGCAGCAUGAUUGACAAUGAAGCUGAAGAGGGUGAAGAAUCAGAUGUUUCUGGUGAAGAGGAACCUCAUGGAGAAACGUUGUCAACUGAACCAUCAGAGUGCUCUGGCUCUGGCUCUGAUUAUGAAAGUGACUGGAUAAGUGAUACAGAUGAGCCUUGUCAAACAAAUACUAAGUCUUCUGGGAGACAUGUUGCAACAUCUAAUUCAGCUGCUGCUUCGUGUGGCUUUGCUUCUGACAGUAGUGACGGUACCUCAGAAAAAUGCCCCAUUUGCUUGUUGCGGUUCAGCAAUCAAGAAGUAGGAACACCAGAGUCAUGUGACCAUAUUUUUUGUGCUGAGUGUCUUGAACAGUGGUCGAAGAAUGUUAACACAUGCCCAGUGGAUAGGCAGGAGUUUACUCUAAUCUUGGUUAGACGCCGUGUUGGUGGUAAAGUGGUGAGGCAAAUUGCUGUGGAGAGAUCAGAAGCAAAGGAUUCAGAUGAAGUUGAAGACCCUACUUAUUGUGAAAUUUGCGGCAAUUGUGAUCAUGAGGAUCGUAUGCUUCUUUGUGAUGGAUGUGACCUAGGUUAUCACAUGGAGUGUCUUGACCCUCCUCUGAGUCAUGUGCCAAUUGACAAUUGGUACUGUUCAGAAUGUGACCACAACGCUUCAACCAACGCAAAUGGUCCAAUGGCUGAAGCGGUGGACGUUGGCAUUGAUGAGGUUCGAGAAUUGCUGGAUGAUGCUCAAAACCUAGUUGGUGGAGCACCUCUAACUCGUCGUGCGCAACGAAUGCUUCCAAGAACACAGCAGAUGGAGCGCGUCCUUCGUCGCAUACGAACAACAUUUCUCCAGAGACAGGAAGCUCUUCAAUCUCAGCCUUCCACAUCAUCUGGUAUUGAGUCUCAGAGUGGAGAGCCAAAGAAGAAGAAGCGGAGGAUUGUGAAGCGUAAAUCAACUACUAAGAAGAAAAGGAAAGCCACUACAAAGCGUAAAACCAAACAAACAUCUAAAAAGAAAAGCGCUGCAACAAAACGAACAACCAAGAAGAAAACUACAGGGAAAAAAAGGAAAGCAAGAAAACCUAUUGGCAGCAAAUCUAAAAGGAUGAAGCGAUCAUCUCGAAAAAAUUCUCGGAGAGCCAGAGUUAUCAUACCUCAGUCAGUAAAGGGGAGGCUUGCUGAGCAGUUGGGUAUGCGACCACCGCGUCAGCCGUGGCAGACAACUCCCGAGAUAAGGUCAACUUCCAAUGCAUCAGGAAUUGGAUUGGAGAGAAGCCGUGCUGGAAUACCUACCCUUCACCUGUUUGGUCAGGUCGACUAUUUCUCUGGUUCUGAUGAAGAUGUUGGAAGUGGUGGUGGCGCUGCUGCUGUUGCUCAUCGCCCCCGUGAAACACUGUCACUGGCUCAGCGAUUACUCAAUCGAAAGCGGCUUGCCGCUUCAUUGCAGAAUCCCAACAGGCGAUCUCGAAUAGUUGAACCUGUUGCUUCUGUUGGGGUUGACUUAGUGGAAAGCAUUCUUAUGAGUCAAACCAAAAUGUUGUCUAAGAAAACGGAUGUGAAGAUCAACAUUGAUGGCACCUUAGAUAUUCAGUUGAAAGAUCCAUUGGUGAAACCAGCUUCAUCUGACCCACUCAAGGAAAGAUUAGGUGAUACCACUAUUGAUGUGAGAGACAUUUCGCCUUCAUCCACUGGGCGUGUUGCUCAAGCUCCAAUGUACUCUGGUGGGAGACGAGGUGGUCAAAAUGCUCAAAACAACGCCUAUAAUCAGAAUUACAGUGGUGGGCGGAGAAGUAGAGGUGGCGGUGGCGGCAGUACUGGUGGAGGAGGAGGAGGAGGUGGUGGUGAAGGUGGAAGUGGAGGAAAUAUGAGCAACUCCGGUUUUCGCUCUAGUUUUAAUAACUCAGAAAAUUCCCGUGCUCAAUAUGAACAGUUUUUGGGUAAUAACCAUAGUGGUGGACGCCCUCCCACAAGAAAUCAACCACUAAGAUUUCGUUUGAAUGCCCCUCGGAGACCCCUGAGAAGAAAUGUCAUGAGGCGCGGAGCAGCUCCCACUGAGAAUGAUGAAGAAGAGGAAGAUGUCCUAGAUAAUAUCAUGGACUGUAGUGGGCAGGACCCUGUCAAAGAUGGUGAAGGUGGUAGGGAAGAUGAUGAAGUUGACAUUUACAGUGACAUAGAAGCUGAGAGCCACAGAGAUGGCUCUGGUGAAGAUGAGUUUGGAGCCCUACUUCCACCUCCUGAACCACCUGCCUUUUUAAUGAAUUUGGGUGACCAAAAUAGUGAUGAGGAAGCUAGUGACAGUGAACUUGUUAUAGAUGAUAGAGCAAAAGGAGAGACAGAAGACAAAUAUGACCCAGCAGAACCAUGUAACGAUUCUGAUGAGGAUGCAUCUGCCGCAAGUAUUCCAAAAGCAGAUGACAUUCCUCUACCCCCUGAACCAGGACCGGCAUUGACAGCUGUUGUUGGUUAUUCAGAUGACAGCCAGUCAGAAGGUACAUCAGAUAAGGACACUUCUGCAGAGACUAAAUUGGACUCAAAGAAUGCAUCUAAAGAAUCAAAUGACCUUACUGUUGACUGUAGCAAAGGAGAUGAUGAGCAAUCUAUUACUACUUCAGAAAAGCUCAAUAAAUCUGAUGCUGCUAUUGUAGAUGAGUCAUCAGAGGAAGAUGAUGAUGAUAAUGACUGUCCAAACUUUUCAAUUUAUUCUGCUGACAGUGUGAACAUUGCAAGGCAGGUUGGAGAUGAAGAAUCUGAUGAUGACAAAAAGAAGGAAAUCUCAGCUAAAGUUAGUGAGGAAUCAAAUUCAGGAACAAAGGAAGCAACUGCAGAAACAGAUAAUGAAAAUGCUGAUGACAGUGUGGAUGUUGAGGAUGCUGAAAAGAAAACUACAGAAGAGUCCCUACUUCAAGUGGACAUUGAAAAUAGUGAAAAGAAAGCACUUGAAGAUAGUGCUGGGAGGGAUGAGUCUGAUGAGAGUGGUUCAGAAGAAGCCGGAAGCAACGAUAGGGAUGGCACAACUCUUGUUGAAGAAAUAUUUGGUAGUGAUGAAGAAAGCCAAGCUACAUCUACAGCUCCAACAGCACCUGUUAUGCCAGGCUUAGAAGGGCUGGAAACAGAAGUUAUUUCUGAUUGUGAAGAAGCUAUGCUGGAUGGAGAUCUAAGUGAAGCAGAUAGUGAUACAGGACGCCGAAGUCGAAAGAUUGGAAGAGAUGUUCCUGGAGACUCGGCAGAUUUUGAAGAUGGAGAAAUAGUUGAUGAAACUCAAAAAGGGAAGAAAGACAAGAAGAAAGAUAAGAACCGUAAAGAUGGUGAUGAGAAUAUAGGCACAAGUAAAGCAGAUGAUGAUAAGAAGAAACGAAGAAGAAAGGAUAGCCCUUCUAAGGACCGAGCUCCACUAAGCAGUAGUGAAAAUAGGAACCGAGAGAAGGAUAAGGAAAAGGAUAGAGACAGAGAUAAAGAUAAGGAUAAGGAAAAAGAGAAGAAAAGGAGUAAAGAUGACGAUAGGGGCAAAGAUAAGAACAAAGAUGAUAUUUCAUGGAAAAAACCAUCAAAGAGCACCAAAGAUAGAAACUAUAGAGACGGCAAGGAAAAAGAAAAAGAGAGAGAAAGAGGUAAAGACAAAGACAAGGAGAGAAAUAAAGAUGACAAGAGAGAUGAAGAGCGGGAAAAUGCAAGGAAAGAGCGGAAAAAGAAAGAAAAGAGGAAAGAUCUUGAAAGGUAUGAUGUUCGCAAAGUGCUUUCAGAUAAAACGCUCAGUAGGCAGAAUAAAGAUGUCUUUGGGCGCGAUCUGGACAUCAGAAAACGUUCUCGCACUCCCCGAUCUCGCUCCAAGUCUAGGUCAAGAUCCAGGGGAAGAGGUGCUCGCUCUCGAAGCCGUUCCAGGAGCCACAGGAGAGCCGGACGUUCACGCAGCAGGUCCAGAUCUCGUGGACGGUCGCCAGGACCGGCAGCAGGACGGUCUCGCCCAGCAAGACACAGGAGUGCUUCCAACGAUCGCGCUCGACUUCGAAAAUCUCGAUCCCGUUCCAGAUUACGAAGAUCUCGGUCACGCAACAGGGCAGGUAACAGGUCCCGAUCUCCGCGUCGCUCUCCUAACCGAUCCAAGGACCGUCCAAGGAGGAGUAGAAGCAAGGAGAGACCAAGGAGGAGGUCUCGCGACAACAGGGUCGAUGCUGCUGUCAAUCGUCAGCGGAACGAACCGGCCGCUAACCAGCGUCCAGAAAGGCCAGACAGGCCUGAACGGCUGGAGCCCCGGCGGGAGCGCGAACGGGAGCAGAUUCGUUGGUCUCGUUCGUGGUCUCGGUCUUGGUCAAGAUCAUGGAGUCCCUCCCUCAGUGGCUCUCCACAGUACCCUGCCACCGAGGAUGAAGCUCCGGUGGCGCGUUCCUACUCCAGAUCUUGGUCACGAGAACGUGUGGAACACGUCAGCACCACAGACAUGGCUGGAGGCAAGCACAAAACGCACAAAAAUUUGACUGUUAUUGUUACGAAUAAUAAGGAAGAUUCUCGCCGAAAAAGGAAAGAUGGUAGAAGAGGAGGAAAGAGGCACGCAUCACCAGCUCCUUCAAAGGAAGUGUUUGCAUCAGGAGACAACAUUCUAGUGAGUGUGAACUUCAAGUCAAAUAAAGGUGAGCCAUCUGCUACUACCUACCCUGCAGAAAAGCCUUCAAAGAGGAAGCGAGAUGAGGGUCGCAGUAAGCGAUCCAAGAAGGACAAGAGUAGUAGAAAUGCAAGAGCUGAAACCCCACCAGUUGAUUCUAACAAACCACCUGAAAAGAGACGGAAGCCUUUACCGCCAGAAGCCUCUCACAAACCUGUGGCAAUUAUCGACCUUGAACAGUCACCCUACAAGGAAUACACACCCUCUCCCAAAGACUUGAUUAUUUUGAGUGACAGUGACGAUGAAAAUAUGCAACAGACUGAGCAAGAGCUACAGCAGAUGAAACAGAAACUCCACGAUGAAAUAAAUGCUGUCCCUGAAGAACCUCUCUUAGCAAUGGGUCCAAAAACUCCUCCUGAACCUCAGAUUAAAUUUUCUAUUAAUAAUAAGAAUUCGUUAAGAACAAUUAAUAAUCCACUGAUGGAAGAGGAGGAAGAAGAGGAAGAGGGGGAAGGGGAUGGCACUGUAGGCAAUGAGACUGGGACAGCUGAUGCAGAAAUUGACGGUGGUCACAAAGGGCCCAACACGCCACCCGAAUCUCCUAUGGGACCCACCACACCUGGAUCUUCGCCAACAUCACAUGCUUAUGAUCCAUUCGAACCUACUGCUUCUCCUAGAUCAGAAUCACCAGAUGAAGGGUCUUGUGCUGAUGGACCGACAGGAGCAGAUAAGUCUAAUGAAUCUUUAGAAAAUGGGUCCAUGGGUGCUCGAACAGAAGACGAUGCUAGACCAAAGACUGACAAUGUGGAAGAUGCUCGUGGCUCAUCUCCCAAAGUAGAUGGUGAAACAAUAUCUCCUGGUACCACAGCUCCUGAGAUGGAUGAUGCGGAUAAAUCGAAACAAAUGAGCCCCACUUCGUCUGCUGAGGCAGCCGCUGUCAAAGUGCCUUCAAAAGCUAUGGCUGCUGCUGGUGGAUCAACAGAAGUUACCUCUUCAACAUCAUCUUCAACCUCACGUUCUGCACCUCAACGAGCAGUUUCUCAGUCUGAGAGGCUGUUGGCUUCUGUUAUUAAAGGGGCCUUAGCUAUAAGACCUGCAUCCAAGCCUGGCACACCGGUUAAAACAGUCCCUCGUCAAAAUGGAGAAUCAAGUGUACAGACAGAUGUGAUUGAUAUGGAUCUCGACUCUCCAUAUUCACCUGGAUCUAGUGAAGGAGAUGACCUGUUUGAACCCCCACCUGUCUACAAUUCCAGAGGGACACCUAGCAAAUCGAAGUCGAAAUCUGCCUCUGGAAAUGCAAACAAGUCUGACAAGUUUGAUACAUUGUUUGGUAGCUCGCCUGUGCAGAGAGUGAAGUAUGGAAAUGUUUCUCGCUCCAAGUCCUCAGGGAAAAAUGCAGGCCGUAAUCAAGCCAAGCUCAACAAAAUAGUAAAACACAUAAGUAAAAUUCGAAAAGAUGGAACCAUGAGAACAACGGAUGAGGACCAGCUUAAAAUUCUGGAUGAAGUGCCAAGUUCGGCUGUUGAGAUGCAGGUGAAGGACAAGUUUUUAAAGAAACUUAACCGGCAAGAACGUGUUGUUGAGGAAGUCAAACUGGCUCUAAAGCCUCACUAUUACAAGAAACACAUUAACAAAGAUGAUUACAAGGAAAUUCUGAGACGCUCUGUGCCAAAGAUUUGUCACAACAAGUCAGGAGAAAUUAAUCCUAUUAAAAUUCGAACACUCGUAGAGGCGUAUGUGAAAAAGAUUCGGUACCUGAAAAAGAAAGCAGCUAUUGCGUCUGGGCAGCUUAAACCUAAGACGACCAAGAAGCAAGCAGACUGAAGAGACGAGUAUUUAUGAUCCUUUCCACCAACUAUGUAGGGUUGGUUAUGACUGUUGCCAACACUCAACAUACAGAAGGUGUGUGGACACUGGAGCUCUCAGGAAGUUACUUAGUUUUUCAUUAUUCUUGUUUGUUGUGUAUAAAAUAGGAUGAAUUUGUAACUGUCUUGUGUUCAUUCCUCAUGAUAUGUAUUGUAGCAAAGUGUGUAUCAUAGGUGCAUUGAGAACCCGGUCAUGGUAUUUAUUUUGUACCAUUGGUCUUGUAGUCCUGUAAAAAAAAAAAAUAUCGAAAGAUUUAAAAAAAUUGUCAAUUUUAAAUGAACUUAAUAUCUGUACAAACUUACUAGUAUGUUUUUACACUUCAUGACUUGAGUAAAUUUGGCUAGCUUUACUCUAGCCAGAAUAGUUUUGUUGAGCAUAGGUAGCCCAUUGUAUUCAGUCAAUUGUCAGUGUCGACUGCAAGUGUCAAUAUAUUUUUCUUAUUUGAGGUUGAGAGGAGCAUGUGAUUUUAUUUGUUUACUGGCAUUGGCAUAGUUCUGCCAGUUUUAUUGUGAUUUUAAUUAAAAACAAACAAAAAAACUAAUGUCUAAAGCAAUCAUGUAUGAGGCAGACUGCCAGCAAUCUGUACAUAAAGCAAAAUGCUUCAUAUCAAAUACUGUAUGUAAUUAUUAUUUAAUUAAAAUAAGCUUUAAAGUAGUAUGAAGCAUUGUUUCCGCUGUGAGUCUUAGAUGAAGCAGUAUUAAUUUAUUGGCAUUGUGUCCACCACCAGACCAUCAUUGCCUUUGUUAUCUUUUAAAUAACAAACUAUCAGGUACUGAUUCUGAUCAGAUGAACCUUCACUAUUGUGUACAUAAUAUGUUUGGAUGAUUUGCAUUUCCAAUGUCCUGUUUUGAAAUAUUUAUAUAAUUUUAUUCAAUAGUGAUUUUUUUUUUAAUUUUAGUUAUGAGUAACAAUAUUGUAUGAAAGUGAUGGGAUUUGUGGAAAUAAAAAAUCAACUCAGUUUUUUA